GCUGCUGCCAGUCAUCAUUUUAACGCUGCCUGGCUUUGAUAGUUAGCAUCAAUGGCGACGUCCGUCGAGAGGGGAAUUCUGUGGAACGCCGGAUUCCUUGUCGUCCAUCCGGAGCACGGCGGCUUCACGGACCUUUUCUCCCUCCUCUUUUUCAAGCAAAUCUGCAGACUCAGAUUCGUCGAAUGCUCCGAUGGAACGACUCUGGAAUUUCCCGACCGGUGGGUUCUCUUCGUUUCCAUCGUCGCUCAGAAGAUCUUCUUGCUCUUCAAGAGGCCAAUGGCAUGGACGGGAAGCAUGCUUGGGUUUGCGCUCAACCUUUUGCCGGAGAACGGUGGCCUUCUUGGAUUCCUCCGCAACCUUCUCAGAGGCCAAAUCAUCACGCCAAACGAGAAGUCGCCGAGAUUCCAGACUGUAGUUAGCCUCUUGGAUGGGCGAACAGACUUGGGAGACUACACGGGGAGUGGAAAUAGCAUGGCUCAUGCAUCCCUUUCGGCCAUGGCCUCCAAACUAGUCUAUGAAAAUUCAGCUGUCAUUCGCGAUGUAAUCAACAACCAGUGGCAGCAGAUGGAGUUUGUGGAGUUCCUCAACUGUUGGAAUGAGCCCCGGCAAUCAGCAUCGACGCAGGCAGUCAUCUUCCGUGACAAGUUACCAGACAGCCGGUUGAUCGUGGUGGCUUUCCGCGGCACCCAGUUGUUCGACGCAGGCGACUGGUGCACAGACGUCGACUUGUCGUGGUAUGAAAUGCCGCCGAUGGGCAGGGUCCACGGCGGGUUCCUGAAGGCCCUGGGCGUCGACCCCUGCUGCGACUCGGUGCGACCCACGGUUCCAAUUGACCAUAUCACCCAUCCACUGGCUUACUAUGCCAUUAGGGACAGGCUGAGGGCAUUGUUGAAAGAUCACGAGAAUGCGAGGUUUAUUCUGACAGGGCACAGCAUGGGCGGGGCCCUGGCGGUCCUUUUUCCAGCGGUGCUGGUUCUGGACAAGCAGGAAGACUUGUUGGAGAGGUUGGCUGGAGUGUACACGUUCGGGCAGCCGCGGGUUGGGGACAGACGGUUUGGCGACCAUAUGGAGAGAGUGAUAUUCAAUAAGAACGGGUCUGCGCCCGAGUAUUAUAGGUUCGUCUACUGCAACGACAUGGUGCCUAGACUUCCAAGACUGCAUUUCAAGCAUUUUGGGACCUGCGUCUACUAUAACAGUCUCUACCAGCCACAGAUCACGCGAAAGGAGCUGGACGAAAACUACUUUUCUUUGAGAAAUGUUAUCCCCUUGUACCUGAACGCUGCAUGGGAGCUCGUUAGGGGUGUCUUCAUUGGCCCUGUGAUCGGGAAGGAGUAUAGAGAAGGUUGGAUUCAACUAAUAUACAGAGCCUUUGGGUUGGUCGUCCCUGUCUUGCCUCCACAUGGCCUUAGAGAUUAUGUAAAUUCUACUAAGCUAGGUCCGAUCGAUCUGCGUAACUCCAAGUUAACCUAAGGUUGCGUUUGGUAGCCUCGGAUCUAAGAUCCGAGGCUGCAUUACAAUAUGUACUUCACAAGAUCUUCAAGAUCCUUUAACCUGGAUCUUCACAAAACCAUGGAUUUAAGGUCGGAUUAGAGAUGGUACAAUCUUAAAUUCAUAGAUUUGAGAUACUAGAGAUCAGCCGUGAAACAAACACAUUGUAAGUGUUUUAUGAAAAUAAUCUUCUAAUAAGAAAGUGCAGUACUACUGACAG